AAUAUUCCAAACAAAAUGUCAUUACAAUAGCGAUCGCCAUUACAUGUCUCUUAGCAAAUUUAGCGUUCGCGAAAGAAAUUGCUUGUGUCAAAAUAUCGCGCGCGCGAUUUGUUUUGUUUUCAGUCGGUGAAUUUAGUGAUUCUUUUUUUUAAGAUGGCACCCCCCCGAAAGAUAAUUAAGCGACAAUUAGAAAUAUUAGUUGAUUAUCUAGAAGAAAAUAAAGAUAUAUCAGGGGGCACACCAUUUUCGCCGGUGGGGCUUCAUGCAGCUAAGGUUAAAUGGACCAUGGUCGCAAAAAAAUUAAAUGCAGUAGAAAAUGGAGCCCAGAAGUCUCCUGAAGGAUGGAAGAAGUACUGGUUUGAAUGGAGACACAAGUGUAGAAAAAAGGCAGCUAAUAUACAACAGAAUCAAUUAAAUUCAUCAGGUAGUGGUCAGAAAAUAAUGCUUAAUGAAAUUGAAUUGAGAGCUUUGAAUAUCAAUGGGAAUGGAUGUGAAAGAAUAGAACCUCCCGUGCCUUCCUCAAAAAAGUUAGAAAUUUUUCUUUCUGAAGACUCGGACUCCGAACAUCAAUUGAAAAUUGUUGAAGAUCAAGAUCAAGAUACCGAUGAAGUUAAAGUUCCUCCCAAAAGAAGAUUGACCACAGAAAAUUCAACAGUGACACCUCCACCAGAGUGGGCAAUGGACUUAGAAGACCGCAGAAUAGCAGCUGAAGAACGAAUAGCCAAGGCUCUAGAGUCGAUAGCGAAUAUGAUGCAAGUGCAAGAAGGUAGAAGAUGCAUAAUAGAGGAGAGAAUAGUUGAAACAUUGACAGCCAUUGCGGGCAAUCUACAAGGAUUGAACUGUGGUGCAAAUCAAAAAAAUUCUUUACAACAUUUGCAGCAAACAAGUCAUGAUCAACCAGAAACAUCCUCUAUGAAGGAUGUGAUCUUUCUUUAAUAUAAAUGUUAAAUAUUUUAGAAUUAAGAUGUAUAUUUUGUGAAUAGUAGUAACUUUAAAUAGAAAACAAUUGGUAGAGUGAUUCAAUUUCAAUAAACUUUUACUUUAAUGGCAUUUUUUGUCUAGUUUAUAUUUUUUAUUAAGUUUAUUGAUUUUGAAUUCACCGUUGAAAAAGUUUUAUUGGUCCCAAGACUGCAGUUACGUACAUCCUUGCCUAUUGAAUUGUGUAUAAAUUAGGAUCAUAGUAUUAAAUAUAGACAAUAUAAUAAAAUUUAGUUAG